AGGCGGCAAAGAGGCGGGCUCCGCGAAGGAGCAACCUUUAGGAGGGGGCAGCGGCAUUAGCCGCUCCGGCUCGGCCUUGGUUUCCACGUCUUUGGUGCCGGCCAGCCGGCAGGCGCACUGCACACAAGUGCGCACCCGACGGCUAAUGAAGGAGCUGCAGGACAUCGCCCGCCUGAGCGACCGCUUCAUCUCGGUAGAGCUUGUGGACGAGAGCCUCUUCGACUGGAACGUGAAGCUGCACCAGGUGGACAAGGACUCGGUGCUGUGGCAGGACAUGAAGGAGACCAACACUGAAUACAUCCUUCUCAACCUCACUUUCCCAGACAACUUCCCCUUCGCGCCGCCCUUCAUGCGGGUGCUCAGCCCGCGCUUGGAGAACGGCUACGUCCUCGAUGGCGGAGCCAUCUGCAUGGAGCUGCUCACUCCCCGAGGAUGGUCAAGCGCCUACACCGUUGAGGCUGUCAUGCGCCAGUUUGCCGCUAGCCUUGUGAAAGGCCAGGGCCGCAUCUGCAGAAAAGCUGGAAAAUCUAAAAAGUCCUUUAGUCGUAAGGAAGCUGAAGCAACUUUUAAGAGCUUGGUGAAGACCCAUGAAAAAUAUGGAUGGGUCACUCCUCCCGUGUCUGACGGCUGAUACAACUUGCAAUCCACUCAUCAGACGCUAAACAACACAACUCAACCACAAAAUGAAGUACUUUUUGACAUUUUCUCGAUGCUGUAUACCACAUCCAUCCUUUUCUACUUCAGCUUCUGUUAAGUAUCAUGAAUGUCAUGGAGACAUCCAAAUUAUUUAUGAGCAGAUCUGUUUACAAAGGAAAGGAAGGGAAAUGCUGUAGAAGAUUAUAUUUUGAAACUGGUGAAUGAUCGAUGGAUCAUCUUACGUCACUUUAGUGCAGAUGCUGAGAUCACUUGCCCCUAUCAACCAUGUCCCCCUUCUCCCAUCUGAGCCACAUUGUCACCUGCUUUUUCCCAUGGCACAGCAACAACAGCUGGUGGUAGUGGAAAUUCCAUCCAUUGAUGCUUAAUUCAUUUAAAUGUGAAAUGAAGCCGUUAAUAUUUAAUUAGAGAAACAGUGCAUUGAAGAUCCAUGUUUGCUGUGCUGUUUUUAAUCUCUUUUUUCAAGCAGGUCAGCCUACCUUGAAGAUGUGUUUUCUGUGGAGCUGUGGUCUGCUGUGGCUGAAUUUUAGACCUCAUUUGUGCUCUGUAACAUGACCUUAUGUUCAUUAAAAUAAAAAGUCAGGAUUCUAGCAAAGACACAAAGACUAGUAUUUAAAAGGAAAAGCACUCCGUGUGUCAAAAUGUGCUAGCUGUGUGAUAUGUGGAGUGCAAUUGUUCACCAGUAAAAUCAGUCUGAUCCCAUGAAGGUCAGGUAGAAAUUGGAGGAACCCAUAAGUGGGAGAUUGUAAGGAACUGGUGGCCAAAUAAUUCUCAUCUUCCCAGUAGGGUGAGCAUAUUUUCCUGUUCACUUCUGCAAUGGCCAAGAGCAGAUUGCAGAAGGCUUAAACUUAAAUGCAUGGUAUUCAGCUUGAAACGAUAGACCUGUUACAAAAGCUAAGUCAGAUAUUUUUUUUUUAAAAAAAAGGCAUCUUUAGAAUUAUUUGCAUGCCUGGAUUUCCUUUUGACAACAUAAAAAAACAAGUACAUUUGAGUCCCGUGUCAGAAACGUAUAUAAAUGUCCAGCAGGUACUAAGGAUUCACAUUCUUUCUUAUAUUAAACUGAUUUUUAAGACUUCCUAUAGUGUUCUGAGGAAUACAAAGGGUGAAUCUGAAAUAUGGAACCCAAAUGGAAAAUUGCAUUGGACCCAUUCUAAAUAAAAUCAGUUGAACCAUU